AUGGAGUCAAAUGGAAAAAUUAUCUCCGCAGACACAUCAUCAAUCUCCAUCGCCUUUGAGCAGACUAUCAAUGCUUCUCUUCGUCCUGCCUUGCCAAUAAUCCCAACCCAGGGCUGCAGAAAUACUCUUGUUCAUAGCGAAGAGAUGAGCGAGAAGAUGGAGGCACCCGCUUUGAAUGGCUUUGAACAAAUUGGUGGAGCGGCAACAUUGCAGCCAACCGGAGAAGGCGAAGUCAAUCCCUUGGAGGUACCGACAGACAUAGGACAUGACAUUGAACACGGUCAGGGGCAAGUGCAUACUCCAUCCCCAUCCGUCUGGAUAACUUCGUUAAUUAUGACUUGGGUUGUAAUGGGAUUUACGCUUGUGGUCAGUGGGCAUGUCUGGGAUCGUGCUGUUGCGUCGGUUGGCGCGGCUGGGACCUUCCACCAAAUGGCGUUCCGCGUUACCGCCUUUACCUAUGGGAGCUUCUGGACGCCUGGAUGGGGUCAAAAAUACCUGCUUGGAUACCUGGCCCUUGAAACGGACGGGAUCUUCAGAUUUUUCAACCUCGCUGUUCUGUUUGUUCACGAUGAACGCUUUGAAUACGGUUCGGGGGACAACCACCCUCCGACAAUGGUUGGUCCUGUAUACUGGAGAUACUGUGAUUGGGAAGCAGCAAGCAAUGAUCUUCCUGUGUAUGAGGACGACUUCCGCUCACGUCUUCCGAGCCCUUUUAACAAAGGUCAGGACUGGUAUCCAGAGGCCACCUCAGCCAUUCGUGCCGACAUCGCUCGCUUUGAGGUUGUUCGUGAAUGGAGAAAGUUCUGGAGGCAUCGAUGUCGCUUCUUUCGAAAGCACGAGGAUGCUUUUAACCAAUUUUUUGAGGAGUACUGUCUGGACCAGGCUCUCGACGUGUUCGAGGAUAGUUUCAAUCUCCUGGGGUUGUAA